AUGAGUUUGAACUACAAUGACGUGUUGAAUGUUCUAGCUGUUGCCAAUGAGUCUGAGAGAAACGGGAAACAACAGGAAGCCGAGUCACAGUUGAAAUCUUGGGAGAUCCAACCCGGGUAUCAUUACAUUUUGCAGGAUAUUUACUUGAAUACAGAGCUUCCUUUGCAAAUGAGAUGGUUGGCAAUUAUUUGUUUUAAAAAUGGUAUUGAGAAAUACUGGAGGGCAUCCCGUCAAAACUCGAUUAAAAAAGAAGAAAAAGAGCAAAUCAAAAGUCGAUUAUUUCAAUUAUUAAGUGAAAAGAAUAACCAAUUGACAAUUCAGAACGCUCAUUCAGUGGCACGAAUUGUCAGGUUUGACUUCCCCGGUGAUUGGCCUACAUUAUUUGAUGAAAUUUCUAAUAAUUUAGAAGAUUUUGUAUUCAAUAAAAACGAUUUGAUUGCAACUAAUAAUUUACUUAUAAUCCUUAACCAGAUAAUCAAAGCUGUUGCAGUGGUAAGAAUUGGUAGAGCAAGACAUGCAAUGCAAAGUAAGGCACCAAUUUUAGUACCUGUUUUGUUCAAACUUUACUCUAAGUUUUUCCAAAUUUGGACAAGCUCAUUAGACUUAACCAUUAUGGAAAUUUGUUACUUAUGUUUGAAAAACUUGAGAAGGAUUAUCCCUGAGGGCUUUGAACAACCUCAUAAAAACCACGAUAUUGUUGAAUUUCUCAAGGUGAGUGUCAGCCAUUUACAAGGUCUUGUUAUGGAGCAUGAAAAAUACUCAUCUGAUCUUUUGGAAAGAUAUGUGAAAAGUUAUAGUAAACUUUAUGUGAAUUUGAUUAAUUCAAAUCCAACAAGUUUCAUAUUAUUACCAUGUUCUCAAGAUAUUAUGACUACAUUCUUGACUUUACUCGAGCAAAAAGCAGAGGUCAUUUAUGAAAGUACUGAGGAUAAUGAUUUUUGGGAAGUAUUAGCGAUCAAAGGGUUAAUCAUCUUGAAAAGAUUAAUGACUUACAUUUACAAAAAAGGUGCAAUCACUUUGAAGCAAAGAAACGAUAGAGAAGAAGUAACUCAUGCAAUCACAAAACUUUCAAAAGAAUUUUUUACUCCUCAAGUCGUGCAACAUUUAUGUGACUUGAUCAUCAAUUGGUAUCUCCGUUUACGUCCAUCUGAUUUAGAAGGUUGGUUGCUAGAACCAGAAGAAUGGUGUAAUGAAGAAUUAUCAACUAGUUGGGAAUAUCAGGUCAGACCUUGUGCAGAAAAUUUUUACCAAGAUUUGAUACGAUUUUUCAAGGAUGAAUUAUCUGAUUUCAUAUUGAACAAAAUUUCAAAUGGAAUUAGUAACUCAAUGGAUAUUUUGGUGAAAGAUGCUACCUUGUGUACGUUCCAAUUAUCCGCUACUUCAAUUUCAAAUAAUGUGAACUUUGGUAGAUUAUUGUCUGAAGUUUUCAUUCCUGAAGGCUUGAAAAAUGAUUCACCUGAAAAUAAAAUUAUUAAAAGGAGAAUUUGUUUAAUUAUAAAUGAAUGGGUUCCUGUUGAUUGUUCUAGAGAGAGUCGGGUGGAUAUUUAUAAACUUUUAAUCAACUUUCUUCAACCAGAUAAUAAGGUUAAUGAUAAAGUUGUUAAACUUACUUCUAUUCAAACAUUGAGAAAUGUUGUUCAGGAUUGGGAUUUCAACAAACAAGAUUUCCAACCUUUUUUAAAAGAAUUCGUUUCACUAUCACUUAAUUUAUUAUCACAGAUGAGUUUCACUGAAUCAAAAUUAUAUGUUUUGGAUACCUUAGCAACAUUGAUCGAGAAAUGUAAUCCCUUGAUCGACUACCAAACUUUAAUGAGUAUUCUAUCUAUCAUUCCUGGUCACUGGGAUGAAACCAAUGUUAAUAACGAAGAAGCUAUUUUGAGAGCUUCUCUCUUGAGAAUCUUAAAGAACUUGGUGGUGGCGCUUAAUGAAAAUUCUCCAGAAACGCACGUCAUUACUCUUCCUCUUGUUAAAAAUUGUGUUAGCUCAAAUAGUGAUCUUUAUACCCUUUUAUCAGAAGAUGGUUGUGAUUUAUGGUUAUCGAUCCUUCAGUAUCUUCCAAUGAAUCAAGCAGCUUCUGCUUCUGCUAAUGAGCUAAUGAGCUUAUUUGAUCUUGUGCAUUAUUGUUUAGUUAAUUCUACUGAAAUAUUACCCACUAUUUUGUCAAUAGUAAGAAGCUAUGCCUUAAUAAAUCCUAAUUUAUUCAACGAAAAUGCAGGUUUGGAAAUGUUAAGAACCUUAUCGGGGUACAUUUCAAGCAUGAGGGAUGAUUCUUUUGCUAUUUUCAUUGCAUUAAUGGACAUCCUAUUCCUUGCAAAAGCAGAUGAUGAAGCAUUUGUCACCAAUUUGAUUAAUAGUGGGUUAUUCAGUGAAAUGGUGAACUUUGUACUCGAUGAAAACCAAAGCAUUGUCACUGCUAACAAGAUUCUUUUAAUAUUGUCGAGGUUGGCGUACAAAUCAAGUGAAAUGUUUUUGAAAAUGUUAUCCCAUUUAUCUAUUGAUACCAAUAAAUUCUUCGACAUUUGGCUAAGAUACUACAACAACAAUGGAAAUCCACGAAACAAGAAAAUCAAUAUUAUGGCCUUAUUGGCAAUAGCUGCAUACGGGGUCCCAUUGAAUUUUUCACCUCUUCCAGCCAAAUUCUCCGAGAUAUUGAAACUGUCCUUCAUGUUUUUGGAAGAAGUACAAGAAAAUUCAGAUGGUUUCUGUUCCCUGUACAGCCAAAAUUUAGUUUAUGAAGAUAUUGAUGACUACCAAUACUUAGAUCAGGACAUAAAGCCCCAUGGCGAAAAGAUAAGAUACCAAUCAUUACUAGAAAGUAAUGAUCCUCUUUAUAAAGUGAAUCUACAAGAAUUUGUCAAGCAGGUCUCUUUAAAACUUAAACAAGACUUGUCAGACUCAGAUUUCGCUUCGUUGAUGUCCAUGAAUGAUCAAUACACUUCUGAAUGCUUACAAAAACUAGCCUAA